GGAGCAGGAGCCAGUCAGCGUUGAGGGGCGGGCUGUAUGAACUGUCCAAUCAGGUGGCGGGGAAGGCGGGUUCUGUUUCCUGGCGCCAAAGCCCGGAUCCUGAGCACGGCGCUGAGAGCCGCCCAGCUGGCUAGGCCGUCCUGGUUUAGGAUUUCUACUGGCUGCAGGCUGCGGGAAGCACCCGGGGAGACCCUCCAGCAGCAAUGAAGGCAGUGACCUUUGAGGAUGUGGCUGUGGACUUCACCAUGGAGGAGUGGGCUUUGUUGGAUCCAUUCCAGAAGAAGCUCCACAAAGAUGUGAUGUGGGAGAACUUUAGGAAUGUGGCCUCUAUAGGAAGAAAGUGUGAUGAUCAGCAAAUUGAAGAUGAGUACAGAAAUUACUGGACAAAUCUAAGAAGUGCAGAUGCAGAUAAAUGCUGUCAAGAUAAAUUACGGUGUCAACAUGGAGAAAUGGUUUGUGUGACUCCUGGUCCAGAUGUGCCCAUGAAGUUGCUAGGUGUAAAACCAAGUGAAAGCCUUGAAUGUGGAAAGCCUCUGAUUGGUCAUUCAUCACCAACUGUGCCCAUCAUAAAUAACACUGGACUUAAAUCAUAUGAGCUCCGUGGAUUUAAACAGAAGCUAUCUAAAUAUUAUAGACAUGGGAAAGCUUCCACUGACUUUCAGUCCUUUCAGAAACAUGAAAAGACAAAUCCUGAAGAAAACCCUUAUAGAUAUAAGCAAUGUGAAAAGUUCUACUCUGAUGGCACUGAAGGAAAUAAUGCUAAAGAGAAAUCCUUUGUAUAUAAGCAAGAUAUUAGAGCCUUCAGUACAGCCAACCAUGUUCAAAUCCAGGAAAGAAAGCACAGUAACAUGAAUACCUACAUAUGUAUACAAUGUGGAAAAGAAUUGAAUUCUCACCAUGAUAUCCAGAAACAUGAAAGAGCUCACACUAGAACAAAAUCAUAUGUAAAUAAAAACAGUUGGAAAACAUUAAACAAUUCAUUUGGUAAUCAUGAAAGACUUCAUGUUAGGGAAAAACACUAUGUGUGUAAGCAAUGUGGGAAAGGUUUCAGCACACACAAUUAUUGUCAAAGACAUGAAAAAUCGCACACUGGGGAAAAACCAUAUGUAUGUAAGCAAUGUGGGAAAGCUUUCAUCACAAAGAGUCAUUGUCGAGCACAUGAACAAACUCACACUGGGGAAAAACCUUAUGUAUGUAAGCAGUGUGGAAAAGCUUUCAGCACACACAGUAACAGUCAAAUACAUGAAAGGACUCACACUGGGGAGAAACCCUAUGUAUGUCAGCAGUGUGGGAAAGCUUUCAACACACGCAGUCAUUGUCAAGCCCAUGAAAAAACUCACACUACAGAGAAACCCUAUGUAUGUAAGCAAUGUGGGAAAGCUUUCAAGACAAAGAGGCAUUGUAAAAUACAUGAAAGUAUCCACACUGAGGAGAAACCCUAUAUAUGUAAGCAAUGUGGGAAAGCUUUCAGCACACUUAGUUAUUGUCAAAGACAUGAACAAACUCACACUGGGGAGAAACCAUAUGUAUGUAAGCAAUGUGGGAAAGCU